CCCAAGCACUAAAAAAAAAAACUAACUAUUAUCUUUUUCUAUUUAUUCAAAAGGGUCUCUCUCUAAUCUCUAUAGUCAAUAUAUCAUAUACCACUUUUUUCCCCUCCAUCCCACAUUACAAGUUUCUCUAUUUUCCCCCUUUCUCCUCCUCCUCCUUCCUUCAAUGGAGAAUUUCAGAUCCAUGUCCUGCAGAGAUGGGAGGAUCUCAACCGACUUCACCUACGAAAACCAGCCGCCGCCACCAGGGCCAAGAAACAUGCAAGGGCUGAGGUCUUACAGUGUAAGCCAUGGAGCAAGACAACAACCCAAUGAAGAAGUGAAGGCCAAGAAGCAAGAACAUGUUGAAGUUGUUGGUUCAAGAAGCUGGGGGAAGAUGAAUUUUGAUCCGGAGCUCCAGAGGAAGAAGAGGGUUGUUAGCUACAAAGCUUAUGCAAUGGAAGGCAAGAUGAAAGGGUCAUUGAAGAAGAGUUUCAGAUGGAUUAAAGAUGCCUGCAAUCAAGUUGUUCAUGGAUGGAAGUGAGAGUCAUUUCAUCUUCAAAUCUGGAUUUGAAGCGCAGCCCUUUCUGCCAAAUCAGUCGGAAUGAAGGAAAUUACUUUGGAUUUGAAUAAUCGAAAUACAUUCUUGAUAUAAUUUAUGUACACCUUCUUACUAGAGGAAAGAAACCAGUAAUGGAAUA